AUGAGUGCUAACGGCGGUUCGCAGACUCCUCCAUCUUCAUCACAAUCACCGCCACCAAAUUCUGGGUCACCACCUCCGUCAUCUCCACCUCCGUCAUCAUCAUCAUCACCACCUCCAUCAUCACCACCUCUAUCGUCGCCACCUCCUUCGAAGUCGUCCCCACCACCACCUUCUUCUCCACCUCCAUCUUCAUCAUCAUCUCCACCUCCAUCGUCGCCACCACCACCUUCUUCAUCAUCAUCAUCAUCUCCACCACCACCUUCUUCAUCAUCAUCAUCAUCUCCACCUCCACCUCCAUCAUCUUCAUCAUCCUCGCCGCCACCGCCACCAGUAUCAUCAUCAUCACCACCUCCAUCACCGCCAAAAUCAUCUUCGCCACCUCCAUCCUCUCCGCCGCCGUCCUCUUCACAAUCCUCGCCCCCACCGAAUAAUUCAAAUUCAAACUCUCCACCAAGUAAUAACCCACCUCCAUCACCACCUACAAAUUCCAACAGCAACUCCUCACCACCUACCAAUAACAACAACAACAAUAACAGCACAAAGAAUAACAAUACUAGCAGUGGCAGCAACAACCAAUGGCGCUCACCACCACCACCUCCAUCAUCGUCCAAGUCACCGCCGUCCAGUAAUUCGUCAGGAAGGCUGGUGCCUCCAAGUCAGACAUCAUCAAAUACACCAUCCUCAUCAUCCACCAGUUCCAGUAGCAGUGGCUCCAACGUGUCCAUUCCUCUUGUGGGGGCGAUUGCGGCUGGAGCUGGUUUGUUGCUCGUUAUCGCAUUACUUUUGUUCAUUGCAUGCAGGAGAAAGAAGAAUCACCAUAACGGCAAAGGUAGUGACUAUUAUUCUAAUGCUACUUCGCCCUCGCCCUAUCGACAGCAUGCCCAUUGGCAGAAUUCGCAAGUUCAUGGUGGAGGAACUGAUCAAUAUUACAACAGUCCUCACAAUCAACAUCGUAACAGUUUGCCGCACAAUAAAAUUCUACCUCCACCUCCACCUCCUUUUGGAGGCCAUCCAACGCCACCUCACGGUGGACCGACAAGCACUGACAUAAGUAACUCUAGCUACUCAGGGUCACAUGGACCUCUAGCGCCGCCCCCACCCCCACCUCCAGCCAUGUCUCUAGGGUCAAAUCAAAGCAGCUUCACUUAUGAAGAGUUAGCAGCUGCAACCGACGGGUUCUCUCAGGCUAACCUAUUAGGUCAAGGUGGGUUUGGAUAUGUGUACAAGGGGACAUUGCCCAAUGGCAAAGAAGUGGCCGUGAAGAGCCUGAAAUCCGGUAGUGGACAAGGUGAACGUGAAUUUAAGGCUGAGGUUGAGAUCAUUAGCCGUGUUCAUCAUCGCCACCUUGUUUCUCUUGUGGGAUAUUGCAUUGCAAGUGGUCAAAGGAUGCUCGUUUAUGAAUUUCUUCCCAAUAACACCCUUGAGUUCCACCUUCACGGAAAGGGAAGCCCAACUAUGGAUUGGCCUACCAGGCUUAAAAUUGCGUUGGGAUCAGCUAAAGGGCUUGCAUAUUUGCAUGAAGAUUGCCACCCUCGCAUUAUCCACCGAGACAUCAAGAGUUCAAACAUUUUGCUUGAUUGCACUGGUGAAGCUAAGGUCGCUGAUUUUGGCUUGGCUAAGUUGACUACAGACAACCACACUCAUGUGUCCACUCGUGUCAUGGGAACAUUUGGGUAUUUGGCGCCUGAGUAUGCUUCAAGUGGCAAGCUCACUGACAAAUCUGAUGUUUUCUCCUUUGGCGUUAUGCUUUUGGAACUAAUAACUGGACGACGCCCUGUUGAUCCAUCUGGGGCUAUGGAAGACAGCUUAGUAGACUGGGCUCGACCUUUAUGUAUGCGUUCUCUUGAAGAUGGAAACUUUAAUGAGUUAGCAGAUCCUUAUCUGGAGAGGAACUAUCCCGUCCAUGAGAUGGCACGCAUGGUUGCAUCUGCCGCUGCUUCCAUUAGACAUUCUGCGAGGAGAAGACCCAAAAUGAGCCAGAUUGUGCGUGCCCUAGAAGGUGACGUUGCUUUGGAAGACUUGCACAAUGGUAUAAAACCGCAAGCUUCAUUUCUGGGCUCUUCGGGUGUUGGCAGCAUCAGUUCUAGAUCUUCUGACUAUGACAACACGUACACUGACGACUUGAAGAGGUUGAAGAAGGUCGCCGCAACGGAUCAGAGUGGUCAAUUCAAUAAUAGCAGCGACUAUGGAGCAACAAGCGAGUACGGACUCGACCCUUCCUCCUCAAGCAGCGAAUAUGGACCUGGAAGCCGGGGCCGGAGUCCUCAAGUAAAGACUAGAAUGGGAUAUUGAAAAAG